AUGGCACAUGCUAAGCUGCUUUCGUUGCCUGUUGAGCUUCUGCUUAACAUUGCAUCACACCUCAAGACUCGGGACUUCAAAGCACUGCGAUCGAGUUGUAGGCACGUCGAGGAUGUCCUGUUCAGCUCGUUCACCCAGGAUUAUCUCCUAGAAAUACAGGUCCUACGGACCGAGACCGGCCUCCAGAACUUGAUCGACAUAUCAAAGUCUCGGCUAAGCCCCUUUCUGUACCAUCACAGAGAUGAUGUACCGGUUCAAGAUCAACUAUUCUUGUACAAGAUUGACGAGGACGCUGCCGACCAACGAGCUCUCUAUUCGACUGGGCAGGGUCGACGAAUGCUAAUAGAAGCGUUCAAAAGUCUGGAACUAGAAAUUGUUGGUAUUCGCGAUUACUUCCCAGCGAGUUGGAAGCGGCCGAAUACUUUUGGGAGACCGGUACCGAAGCGCGGUCAAUCUUUUAGUAUUUUCUCGCGGCAUGUCCGCGACGAUAUCCUUGGGUGCUUCCUUAUCCUGCUCUCUGCUCUCGGAGACGCAAAUGCCAGGCUUGCCAAGCUGGAAGUAACACUUGAGCGGGAUGGCAGGCUAGAUGCGGAUGCGCUUCACCUUGCUCUUUUCAUGAAGCAUUCAGUCGUGCCUGUUCUGGGGCAGCUACAGGAACUGCACCUUGACAUUGGCCACGAUGAUACCCUUAUUUUGGGGACGAACGGCUUGCACCCACCACCUCCAGUAUCGCUGUCGCACCGGGCUCGCCUCGAGCUGAGCGAGACAUCAGUUGACUUCAACGAUAUGGUAGCAGUUGUCGAGAAGUUCUCACCAACACUCAGAGCUCUAAAGCUUUCGAGGGUGACACUUUAUACCGAGAUAUGUUCCAACCACCCGUAUGAAAAGGAGCUACCCAAGCUGUGGAUAGAUUUCAUCAACGCGUUGCCGAAGUUUAGUGAAACUAUGCGCGAAGUUUGUUUCUGGCAUCCGCAAGAGCAUGUAAAUCGUGGGGGUGGCCAUACGACAUCCGGCUUGAUUUUCAUGAUUUACGGCAGGACGUUUUAUGCUGCUUCUUACGUCGGUAGCGAGAUGGAAGAAGCGCUGAAGGGUCUGCAAAAUUCGCUUACCAGUUCCGGCUGGUACCCAAUGCUAUCUGGGGAGGUGUCGGUUGCUGAAGAGCGGAUUGAGACAAUUCGAUACCGCUUAGUGGACGAUGAUACCGAGGACGAAGAGGGAGAGGAUGGUGACGAGGGUGAAGGAUGGGACGAAGAGGAGGAGGAGGAAGAAGAAGAAGAAGAAGAGGAGGAUGAGGAAGAAGAACUGGAGGAGGAGAAGGGCGAGGGGGAAAGCGAGGAGGAGGGCGAGGAGGGUACAGAAGAGGAAGAUGGUGUGUAUAACAGAUGUGUCAUCUUUCCCUACGAAGAGGUGAAAAAGGCAGAUGGUGGACUUGGUCAUAUAGACUGCAAAAAAGGCAGUGAAGACAAGUCCGGGGCGCCAGCGGAUCGUUGGGCACAGAACCCAAUCCCCCCAAGCCCAAAGCAACAGACCGGGGUCGCAACUCACCACCAGUCCACACACUAA